CUGUAAAACAUGAAAAUGAUUUAUGAAUGUACUUUUGAUAGUUAAAUUAAUCAACAUUUAUAAAAAAUAAAUAAUUUCAAGAGUUUUUUAUGUACACAUUUAAAGGUGAUUUCUUUAUUUUUAAGAAAAUGUUUGAAUUAAUGUAUUGAUUUGUAAGUGUCACUCGUGUUCCUCUAUGGUCAUUUGACUAGCUAUUUUCUUCCUAAAACUGUAUAAAUGUCUGUAUUUCUGAAACGACAGCUGCUGUAUUCUCCAUGCUCAGGAAGUUUGGCACAAUGGACAGGAUGCAGAUGCAAUGUUUUCCUGUUGCGUUCACCUUUUUUUUUUUUGACAGAAUGUGAAUAUGGGGGUGUGUAUUUGUCUUUCAAUGACUGUAUAUUACAUUUUAGUGAACACAUGAGUGGUACAGCUAGUCUACUUGAGUCAAAUGUUGUGCAAUGUUUUGUAAUAUGCAAAAUUCUUCUUUAAAUACACAGUUGAACCACUUUCACCCACACACACCUUUAAAGAGCUUUGUGUUAAUCUAAGCACAAAGUAAAAAAAAUCAGAAGAGGCAUCUACUCGAGAAAGCUGACAGAUCAUUUUACAUCAAGGUACUUAUAAUGAGGGCGAAGCUCCGCCCACAUGUCAAUCACCCCCAGAGGCCACGUCUCCGCUUUUUUCACAUCCAGCCAGAAACUUUUUAACCCUGGAUACGAACACACCGCAAAGCCGGAGGUGAAUAAGCUUGCCAGUAUGCUGCGCUGGAGAGUGUCGAAGGCGGCUGUGUUGAGUGUGUUGUUCGCUCAGGCUGUGACCGUGGGGCUCCUGUAUGGCUGGUACAGUCGACCGAAUAUUCAGAACGUGACUCAGCCUGAGGGAAAGGUGCACGUGCUGCUGCUGUCCUCCUGGAGGUCCGGCUCAUCCUUCCUGGGCCAGGUAUUCAGCCAGCAUCCUGACGUCUUUUAUUUGAUGGAGCCGGCCUGGCACGUGUGGAUGACCAUCAACCAAUCCGGCGCACGUAGCCUGCGAAUGGCGGUACGAGACACGAUUCGCAGCAUCUUUCAGUGCGACAUGUCCGUCAUGGAUUCAUACAUCCGCCAGCCCCAGAACAUCUCCAACCUGUUCAUGUGGAGCCACAGUCGUGCGCUCUGCUCUCCGCCUGCGUGCCUCCAAACGCCGCGCGACCAGAUUAGCAUCGAACAAGACUGCAAAAAGCACUGCGGGAAAAGCAAUUUGAAGCUCGCCGAGUCGGCGUGUCAAUCCUACAGCCAUGUUGUUUUAAAAGAAGUUCGCUUCUUCGAAUUGGAGUCGCUUUAUUCGCUACUUCAAGACCCGACUUUGAAUGUGCGAAUCAUCCAUUUAGUUCGAGACCCACGAGCGGUGUUUCGCUCCAGAGAUCGUUCCUACAAAGCCUUGGUGAAAGACAGCAAUAUCGUGCUCGAGAUGGCAAACAUUCCUGAGAAGGAUAAACCUUAUCGCGUCUUGCAGGAGAUUUGCCGCAGUCACGUGCGCAUUUACGAGACCGCCAUGCUUAAAGCGCCGAGUUUCCUUAAAGGACGCUACAAAAUGAUUCGCUACGAAGAUCUCGUGCACAACACGCAGGCUGAAAUCGAGGCCAUGUAUGAAUUCAUCGGUCUGGAGAUGACCGAAACCCUGCAGGAGUGGAUCUACCGCAUCACUCACGGUAAAGGCAAGGGAACCAAGAAGGAAGCAUUCGAUAUCACUUCGCGAAACGCCGAGGAUGUUUCGAUGGCUUGGCGAACCACGUUACCGUUCGAGAAAGUACAGCGUAUCCAGGAUGUUUGUAAAGGAGCCAUGUCCCUGCUGGGAUAUUCGACGGUGGACAGUGAGAAGGAGCAAAAGAUGAUGGAUUUAGAUUUGAUGAAGCCACGCGAGCGCUAUAAAUUCAAAUGGCUGCCUCCCAAAAGCACGACGGCUGCUAAAUUAUAGAGCUGUGAUCAAAAGACAGAACUCUAAAGGAAUUCUGGGGCAUUUGUGCAUUGGUUUUCUUGUGCUGUAGGAACAAUCCAGAAUGGUGCUCUAGUGGCCGGACGUUCAACACAGCAGAAGUGUUGUCCUCUUCCUGGACGUAACCUUAACGCUGGAUGCUGUUCAGAAGAAACUAUGGUCCAACAAUUAAAAGCAAGACGUAUUUAUUGACAAAGGAAACGAUUGUGGUGGGGUUUAUAAUGUUUGUUUUUAUUUUUUAUUUUAACCAGAAAAACUGCAUUUCAAAUGUAUGUAGUCCAUGCGGGUUGAAGGGAACUAUAGUGUGUUUCUCUCUGUUGUUUCAUAUAUCAAACUUCACAUAGAAGUAAAUAGGCUAAUAUAUUUAAGCUAGCAGGCUGGCUAGUUUUGUUAGGAGUAGAUCAGCUGUUCAUGUUCUUACUGGAGUUACUCGGAUCCAAAACCCUUGAUAAUGUGAUUGGAUGUAUCUUUAUUUAAAGUCUAAAUGUAAUGCAUGUGUAUAGGAGAAACAAACAAGGCACAGGUGACAUGAAUAAACAGAACCGAGUGCCUAGAAAGUUCACUCAGAGCUCUUAUAAAUGAUUUUCAGAGCAUUCAGCUCAUUAAAAACAGGCCAUGUUAAGUUUACAUAUCACUCUGUGCACGAACGAUAUUAAAUGCCACUGAAAUUAUGAUUUUUCAGUCUAAAUGACAUCAGUGUAUUAGAAAAGCUGCAAAAUGAAUGUUGAAACUUUGUUUAAUGACUACAUAUAGCUAUAAUGGGCAAAGAUAUCCCUGUAUUAGGGCUGGGAGAUAUAACAAAGAUCUCAUAUCACGAUAUACGUCAACUCUGAAAACGUUAUAUAUUUCACAAUAUCGUAAUUUUCAGUAAAUAUAUAGUUUAUAUAUUGACCAAAUGAGAACAAUUUUUUUACUUUAUGAAAGUUAAUACAUAAAAAUGUGCUCAUUCGUCGCAAAUGUUUAAGAAUGCAGAACUAUUAGUGAAUUUAAAACACUUUUAAAAUGAAAACAUGCCCAACAUUAAAUAUUGAUCAAUGUAAAUAUUGUACUUACACCGCCCGGCUGUUGUACAUGCUAUUCUCGGCAUCACCAUGGUGGCGUGUAAGACUGCGCUCAUACAAAUAAUGCCAAAAUAUUACUGUCCAAUGAUGUGUUUUAUUUUUUUUUGCGACACCACAUAAUAUGAAGCUAUAGAAUGCCAUCCAUCCAAUACAUAUGUAUAUAUAUACAUAUAUAUAUAUAUAUAUAUAUAUAUAUAUAUAUUAGUCAAAUUGCCUCUAAUCUGUAUGUGUUUUUGUUAACGUUAUGAUAUAGUUCGAUAAUAUCAUCAUCAGUGCAAUUUAAACGUUUUGAUUAAGUGGCUAAUUCCUAUUCAUUUGUAUCAUCUCAUUUGUAUAUUUUAGUAUUUAUUUGCUCAUCCCCCAAUAAAGGGUUAUGAAAAAUUUAAAGUUUUCAUACAAAUAAAGUUGUAUGAAUUAGCCACUUCUCGAAUUGGCUAGGCUAAAUAGUGCAUAGUGAAUGAGUGUGUGUGGAUGCUUCCCAGAGAUGGGUUGCGGCUGGGAGGGCACCCACUGCGUAAAACGUUCAUUCUGCUGUGGCGACCCUGGAAUAAUAAAGGGACUAAGCCGAAAAUGAAUGAAUGAAUAGCCACUUCUCUGAUAAUGCGUAAAAUCGCUACGUUUACUCGUAAGAUUGGGUGUUUGCAAAUAAGUUAAUAUUAAUAAUUACUGUCUGUAUUGUACUGUCAAUGUCAUACUGUCAAUGUUACGUAUCGCUAGCUUCGUAAGGUAGAAGAGGCCAGGAAUAAGUUUUUUUUUUUUAAAGCUAGUUCAAUGCUAGCAAAUGUAAAUAACAAUAAAAUCAAUGUUAGGUAGGUUAGUGUUAUGAUUAAUCUGCAUGUUUUUCUGCUCUUAAUAUUUCAAUACUUGAAUGAUUCUGCAGUGACAUGAUGGAUGAAAGUGAUCAACAUGGAAGGUCUCUGAAUACUGUACAAAUGUGAAAAUUUACAACUCAAAAUUAUUAUUAUUUGUUUUUGGCCGACACUCCAAUGAAUAUUUGUACUUAUCUGCUUUGAUCUGUAUUACUGGGAGCAUUGAGAAGGAAGUGUCGAUGAAGUGUUAAACAGACACCCUCUCUCUGCUUUUUAUGACAUGUUUGAUUGUGAUAAAGUCUAGAUAUAAACGGACUUUAAACGUGAACGUCUGACACACUUUAAUGUUUUACAGUACUGCGGUGCUGCUUUGUGUGUCAUUUCCAUGAAGGACUUUUUAUUACUUGAUGUGCUACUGCUGUUGAAUUCCCCUAUGAAGUCAUUCCGGACAUAUUUUUUUUUCCAUUCAUUUUUACGAUAAGGAGUUUUAAGUCAAUGUAAAUCAAAAUUUACAACGUUUAUUUUGCGAGCGCACAUUGUUAUUCUUUAGGUGAACGAAUAAUCUGUGCAAGUUAAUCCACCGAAAAAACAAAUAUUUGUUUUAGUAAUCUUCAAUCAAACGCUGCCUCCGAAAUCACCUACUGCUCAGUCGAUACUGCAUUUGAAUUUAAACAAACUACUCGUACGUUAGAAAAGUAUGUUCUAUACAGUAUGAAUGUCAGUAGCAUGAAUGGAACUUGGACGUACUACAUCCGUCAUUUUGUCAUCAUCACAUGAAUUACCCACGUCAGUUGUCUCCUAUUCAUGAAUUCUCUCGUGACGCAUCAUGGGGUAGCGUCCAUCAGAUGCACACUUCAAAAAAAGUAGUAGGUCAUCUGGCUACUUCUCACAUACUGUUUUUCGAAUUUUAUGAAUUUGGGCAUGCUACUUGGCUCGGAUACUGAUUUUAGCGUAUUAAAUAGUAUGGAAGUAUGCGAUUUCUUAAAGCAAAGAAAGUCCCACCCCCUACUUAAUAUUCAGGUUUACUUGUAAAGCACAUCAACAUACUAAAAUAAAAGUCUCUGCAACGUAUGCUUCUGCAGAUUUUAAAACCUGUGAGAAGCCGUGAACUAAACUUUCCAGCUACGAAAAUCACAAACGUUGAAAAAAUGGUUGGCAUAAAUAUAAAAAUAAUACAUAUCUACAGUUCCAUGAUGCCUUUAUAUAUUAACAUCGUGAGAUGUUUAACGACCACAGAGAGUCAGGACCGCAGUUUAACGACUCAUUCGAAAGACGGCGCUCACUUGGCAGUAUAGAGUCCCCUUCGGUAUGCUGGGGUGUUAGGAGUCACACAGAUCGCAGGUUGAGCGCCCCCUGCUGACCUCACUAACACCACUAAAUUAAUAUGAAGUUAAACGAACUAAAGUUUUUUGGUGCGUCCCAAUUCGCAUAAUAUUCAUCCUAAAUAGUUUUCGUAAAUAGAAUUAGUAUGUCUCAAACCACAGUAUGUUGAAAAGAGUAUGCCAAAGCUUCCCAUAUGGUCGACUAUUUACGGUAGAAUUUGGAAGUGUAGAAGUGUCCAUACUCUAAGUGCUGAUAUUGCCCACAAUACAUUACGCAUUAGACGUAAAUUUAAUUAGAACUUCCAACUCGGGUUAAAAAGUGUCAUUAAAGAGAGGCUUCGGUAAAGUUGUUUAGACUAUUAAAUAAUAUCUAGCCCACUGGAGAAUAUUUAAAUCGUGUUUUCUGCAUUGUAUUUUACCAGCAACAACAAGGUGAACUAAUAUCAAGAUAUGUUUGAACGUUAACUUCUAAAUGUAUAGUUAUCCAAAGACCCGAGGAGAUUUUCUCUGCAUGAAAGACUUGUGAAUGGCAGAUUAACCCACAGCUGAAUCUCCAAUAAUUAAAUAUGAAAGAAAUGUGGAUGAUGUGUCGCGAUGAUUGACGCGGGACGUAAUUAAGCAACGUAAUGAUCUGGUACCAAGGAAGUAGUACGUCCCAAUGCUUGCAUAUUCUUCUGUUACACACUCGUAGUUAAAGUACGCCAAUUGGGACGUAACAUUUGUUUUUCAUAGAAACAACAUUUAAAAUUGAGAGUAGGCAGAUUUUUGCAUAGCAUCAUGGGUAAUGUAGUUUUCCAGCACAAAAACUUCACGGUUUAUAAAUUAUACUUAAAUAUCAAUGACUUCCUUAUGGAGAAACUGAAUGGAGCUUUGAUUUCCGGAUUCGACUGGCUUUGUGUAAACACUCGGAACCUGGCGCGAUCAAAUGUUAACUUUUAAUAAGUGAGGUAUUGCGUUUCUUGAGAUUAUGUUUGAUUUCAAUGGGAGCUGGUAUUUAUUGAAGUUUGAAUCACAUUGAUUUAUAUUCGACAUGUCAAGCAGUGUCUUCACAUCGGUUCAUAUGUAAAUGAAGAUAAUGUAGAUAUGUUUUGAUCAAAUCAUGUAUCCACAACAAUGUCUGUUCAUUAAAUGUGAUUUUUGGAGGGGAACUGGUACAUUACUUUAGAAUGUCAGUAUUUAUGUUUGGCUUCAGUAUGUCGUCUCUAUGUCUAAAAUCAAUGUUGGUCUUUUGGUUGUUUGUAUGUGCUGAUAAAAAAAACGUCAUGCCUAAA